UUAAAGAAGAAGAACAAGUUGCUUGUCACGUGUGCUUAUGAAGUUUAGAAAGUUUGACAGCAGUUUUACAACGUCAGCUAACCUAGCUGUGUGUUUAGCUGUUUUCUGCUGUCUUUCAGUCUAAUGCAAUUAAGGUUCACCCCGCUACAAUAUUUGUACGUUUGGGAGAAUAUAGGGUUUCUUCCGGUAUAGCGAACUGCUGAAAAUCGAACAUGGAAGUUGUUCAGAAACUUCUGUCGGGGUUCAAUCUUGACCUGGGACCUUUGAAAGAACCUCUGGGAUUUAUUCGGAUUCUGGAAUGGGUGUUCACCAUCUUUGCCUUUGCCACCACGGGUGGUUACUCUGGAACGACCCACAUCGGUGUGAAAUGUGGAGAUGCGGUGCUAAAGGACAUAGACGUUGGGUUCGGAUACCCUUUCAGGUUGCCUAGCUAUGGCCCUUUAAAGGUGCCCUCGUGUAACGGGAGCGCCACGAAUGAGAUUUACCUCCAGGGCGACUACUCUUCCUCGGCUGAGUUCUACGUCUGUGUCGGUGUCUUUGGCUUUCUGUACUGCACCGCCACCCUGGUCCUAUACCUGGGCUACCAGCAUGUGUACCGCGAGGGCCGCGGACCCACCUUUGACCUGUUGGUGACUGCUGCUUUUGCCUUCCUGUGGCUGGUGUCCUCCUCUGCCUGGGGGAAGGGCCUGACUGACGUGAAGUGGGCCACCAACCCAAACCACCUGGUUGAGAACUGUCAGCCCCUGUGCUCACCUGGAAACUUCCCCUCCAUGGGAAAACUCAAUGCCUCUGUGAUUUUCGGAUUUCUGAACCUCAUCCUAUGGACCGGUAACUGUUGGUUCAUCUUUAAGGAGACUCCCUUCCACAAGAACCACAACCCACCAGCCACCAUGGAAGAGGGUGGAGUCCCCAGCUCUUAAUUGCAUAGAGCCCAUGCCAAUCGCCAAGGUGCUUUGGACCCACACUGUUUCUUAUUUAACUCUAUUAAGAAGGAAAAUAAAACCUCAAGCAAAAUUGUGUUUUUUAAUCACCCUUACCACAGAGACCCCUUUUCAACGAUGGGCGUUAAGCUCAAGCUUCAGGGAAAGUAGUCGGGCUGUGUUUACACAUGCAGCCCAAUUCUCACACACACACACACACACACACACACACAUUCUCACUAAUUGGUAUUUUGACCAAUCAGAUCAGCUCUGAAAAAGACCUGAUGUGAUUGGCCUUUUGGCCAAAUAAAAAUAAAAUAAUUGGUGUGCCUGUGUAAACACAGCCUAAGUUGCCCAACUCUAUACCUCCAACACAGCUACCCUUGGAUGUUGUUUUUAUACUCGAAGUUGGUCAGUUAAUGUGAAUGAUUUGCUAGCUGCAGUCAACACUACCCCAAUUUACAGGUGUAAACCCUGAAAACUGAGUGACCGCAACUGUUUUUAUUUAUUUUUUACUGUUUAUUUUCAAACAUUCUACAAGGUGCCUUGAGAACUGUACAUGACAUCUAUUAAGUUACAGUGAACAUGGCUUGAGUUGAACACUUUGAAAGGAAUUUGGGUAUCUGUGAUUUUCAAAAUGAUUGAUUUUGGUCGCUUCCUCUAGAGCAGGUACUUUCAAACGCAUAGACCAAGUACAAAAUGUCCCAACAGGGCUCACAGACACACUACUGUAGCUGAACUGUGAUUAAUAUGGGGAUGUUAAGUCAUGCUGCGUUGACAUCACAGGUGGCCGGUGAUACCUUAAUUAGGGAGGACGGGCUCUUAGUAAUGGCUGGAACUGUAUUGAGCACAACAAACACAUGGUUUGAUUCCAUUUACUCCUUUCCCGGCCAUUUAUUAUGAGCCGUCCUCCCCUCAGCAGCCUCCUGUGGUUGAAAUACACAAAUUUUCUGACCGUCAGUCCCCUCGUUUACCGUUAAUCUAAUAAAGGAGAUGAGGUUGAAGGUAAUGUUGAAAUCCACUGUUCUGUUGCCUUUCAGGCCUAAAUUUGGUCCUUUAAAUUAAAAUAAACAAUUUUAACUACUGUAAUAUCAAUAAUUCCAAUAUUCCACUACUACAUGUUUUGAAACAGACAUUGAUACAUGGACGUUGCAUUUCUGUCAUGUUCUGAAAGCCUACUGCUUGGUGCACUAAACUCGUCAGUUGUUAGCUACUUGAUCCCUUAAUCGCUCCUGAUGUUCAAUGCGUUCCUCUUUGAAAUGUAUGUUUUUUUUGUCUUUGUUUUGUGAUUCAAAAUUAUUUUGUCACAUGCUUCAUAAACACCCGGUGUGGGCUAACCGUGAAAUGCUUACUUGUGGAGGAACAUAUGAACAGUGCCUUAGUUAUUUAUACCAACUAUAGCAGUAACACUAACUAAUAUGGACUACAUUUAAUUUGAGGACACAUUUCUAGUAACUGCUGUCAAUAUUUUAGUUAUUCAAACUGUCAGUGCCUAUAUUUCACCGCAAUGCUGGUUGGUGUAUUGUUUACUCAACGAAGCCUAACUUUUUAAAGUAUUAUGUGAAGUUGUGACAUUGAAACAAUUAAAACACUAAGUUCCCAACAGUAUUUGACUUCUCAAAAUGUUUGAACUAGAGCUGGGACGAUAAACCGGAAAAUGAUCGACACCGACCACUUAUUGCAGGCAUUUUGCAGAUAACAUUCACUACGAUAAGUAGCCUAUACUAGAGAAAUGUAAAGUUUGAAAUGAAAUAAGUUUGCUAAUAUGGGGGAUUUGUUAUAGCUGUCAAUUGACCCAUAAACAAGCUUAGUAGUAGUUUAAAGGGUAAUUUUUUAAAUUAUAGUUCUAUUUAUAAUUUCAUCAAUUCAGGCAGUUUAUCGCGAUAUGGAUUUUUGUCUGAUGCCCAGCUCUAGUUUGAGCAGGGAAAGGCAACUUUUGAAUGUCAUAUUUUUUUAAAAGUACAUUAAUUGGUAAAUUUACAAUAGCCCUUUCAUGGCUUCUGUGUGUUUAGAAAAUAUCUGUAACUUGUGCAACUUCUCUCCCUAAGUAAGUUUUAUGCCUUCAUGGUUGUAAUUUUGUAUUUUCUGUUUUGUCACACCACUGGGCAAGCUACAGACUAUCAUUGAAGAAUGGUAAAUGGCACUGCCAUUUAACACAAAUGGCAACAUGUAGGUGCCAAAAUUAAUGAAUCCUUCGGUAUUCACGCUCCUAUGGGAAGUGAAUGGAACUUAUUGAUUUAGUUUUUUUUUGUGUGUUUUUUGCUUUGCACUAAUUAUUUUGUAAUAAUGUCAUUUUGGCAUCCUGUUCCUUAUGAGUGUUGGGAUUUGAGGGAUAUGCAGACAUUGCUGUCCACACAGCUGGUUGUUCAGCCUUGGCCUCUGUAGUGAUUUACAAAGGGAAGGCUUGAGUCAGUCAUGAAAGGACACUGAUCUUUUAGAUUAUUUGUGCCAUUUUUAAUUUGAAUAGAAAUAAUCAAGCUAUUUAGGAUAAAUCAGGCUUGUAGGCCUUUAUCUGUUGGGAUUUCUAAAAUGUGGCUUGUUUGUACAAAAAAAAACAUGUCUAUACAUCCUCAGUAUUGACAAUGCAUUAAAGGACGAGAGCUGCAACAACUGCUGUACUGUUUGUUCACUCUGCUUUGACUGUAAUGUUACCAGUUAAUUAAGACUACAGUUAAUGUUGUAGCCACAAGAUGGUAGUAUUGUAUUUCAUAUAACUAAGGCUGCAAAGUAAUUGUAACAAUGUUUUUUUGGGGCACAAGGGGGUAGUACUGUUUCCUGCAUUUGACUAGAAGGCACAAUUUCAUGCUCAGUCCCAACCAUAAACCCUUUUGUAUCUACAUCUAAACUAAAUACAAAAGUUGUGCAAGUGUAUGAGGUAGGUUGACCAGCAAAAUAAAGUUCUGGAUGGGUUGGAUCCAGAAAUUAA